AAGUUCUUCUCUAACCAAUCAAUUGACUAUGUUUUUAUCUUACUUACACUGAUUGAUUGUUUACUUUUCGCACAGAUUGAUUUGGAGAAGAUGAACAAGAACAAGAACAAGGCCGAGAUCAACGAUGAUGAUGAUCUUUAUCUAGAAUUCAGACCAAGACAACAUCUGUUCACAAACAAUCUAAACUAUGACAUUGCGUUGAAGUACGAGAUUCACCGUGCAGAAGGGUUGGACAAUCCAAACUCAUACCCUCUGGUCAAUAACAGGAUUUACAGUGCCGAGUCAUGGAUUGAGCCGGAUGAAGAGAAGAUUCAGACAAACAGGGUUUGGGGACUGCCAAACCCUGUUUGGGACGAGGAGUGUUGUGUCAAACUUAACAGGUUCUGGGAUGUCAAGUUCUUGCAUGUUGAGGUGCUCAGGCAUGGAUCCUGGUCGGAGCCGGGGACGUCGGACGGGAUAGUGUGUGUGGGGAGGGUUCGGAUUCCGUUGCCGGAGGAGUUGUAUGCUUCAAAGGGUGGAAGGUUUGGACUAGUGAGAGUUGUUGGGGGAGAGUUGAAGGGUGAAGGGCACAUUAUAGUGUCCAUGAAGCUGAUCAAGUGUAGAAGGCACACACAUCAGAGUAUCUGGUAGGAAAACUGUGAAUCUGUAGAAAGUAAACUUUUA